UCUGUGUGGUGACGUAGCAGUCAAAGUGUGUACCAGCCCAGCCGGUGGUGUCAUCGAAGCGGACAGGAUGGGCAAGGCCGAGUUCCUCACACCCAAGGCAAUCGCCAACCGCAUCAAAUCCAAGGGGCUGCAAAAGCUGCGCUGGUAUUGCCAAAUGUGUCAAAAGCAGUGCCGGGACGAGAAUGGUUUUAAAUGUCACUGCAUAUCGGAAUCCCACCAACGACAGCUUCUGCUGGCAUCUGAGAACCCACAGCAAUUUAUGGAUUACUUUUCAGAGGAGUUUCGCAAUGAAUUUCUUGAGCUGCUUAGAAGACGUUUUGGAACAAAGCGCGUUCAUAACAAUGUUAUCUACAAUGAAUACAUCAGCCACCGAGAACAUGUUCACAUGAAUGCAACAAUGUGGGAAACGUUGACUGACUUCACCAAGUGGCUUGGCAGAGAAGGUUACUGCAAAGUGGAUGAAACACCAAAGGGUUGGUACAUUCAGUACAUUGAUCGUGAUCCAGAAACCAUCUGUAGACAACAGGAAUUGGAGAAAAAGAAGAAGCAAGAGUUGGAUGAUGAGGAAAGAAACGCCAAGUUUAUUGAAGAGCUAGUUAGAAGAGGAAAGGAAGGAAAAGAAGAGGAUAUCCCAGUUUUUACAGAACUGAAGAGAGAAAACGAGGAAGAGAAAGUUGCCUUUAAUUUAAACAAAGGACAAAGUGCGUCGUCAACAACAACAGGUAAAUCUAGUAUUUUGACACCGAAUCCAUUGCAAACAAUAGCAUCAGUAAAACGAAAGGAAUCGGGUCCCACUUCUUCAGAAACAAAAGACAAGAAGAAAAAAUCUGCAUUGGAUGAAAUAAUGGAGUUUGAAGAACAGAAAAAGCGAAGUCUGAGAAGAGAUCAUUGGCUUCACACUGGAAUUGUCGUUAAAUUAAUAACUAAGAAACUUGGAGAAAAAUAUUAUAAGAAGAAAGCAGUGAUAAAGGAAGUUCAAGAAAAGUACACAGCAAUUAUCAAAAUGAUUGAUUCUGGAGAUAAACUAAAAGUUGAUCAGACUCAUUUGGAGACGGUCAUCCCAGCCCCUGGUAAGAAGCUGCUGGUUGUGAAUGGUGGUUAUCGAGGCAAUGAGGCCAUUCUGGACUCAAUACACGAACAAAGCUUCAGUGCUACAAUAAUCAUAGAUUCUGGACCGCUGCAGGGACGGAAGGUUGAAGGUGUACAGUAUGAAGAUAUUUCAAAAUUGGCUUAAACUCUCAUCAAAACUGGGUUUGAUAUUUUGACAGUUCAAAGCAUCAUGUUGAUGUCCAAUGAUUUUUUUUCUCUAGUGCAGACUCUACUGUGUCAGAGUUCUUAAGUAUAUUCAUUAUUCAUUAACCAUGUUUGAUUUUUUAUCUCUGCUUUACUCUCCUUCCCAAUUCAAACUCUUUAAUAUAAUGCAUUUCAUUAUUUUCUCUGCUAUGUUAAGGGAGCUGUCGCAAAGAGUUUGCUUAAUAUUAACAAAUAAGAGUUAGCUAUUUGAGAGUUUUAGACCCAAUGUCAGUCAAAAUGCGUUAAUUUAUAUUUGAAUCAGAAUAAAAAUAAAAUAUGAUUCUCAAAUAAAUGAUUGUUUUCCUUAUGGUUAUAAAAUGAAACACAGAGGAUUUUUUCCUGAGGAAAUAAUUGCUGAAAGCAACUGAGGUUAAAUUUGAUUAAGUUGAUCCAUUAAUGAAAUGGUUGCAGAAAGCUGCAUUUUUUUAUAGAAAAAAAUAAUACAGGAUGUAAUAUAAAGCAGACUUCAAGAAUAAACCUUACUGAACCUCUUCGAACUUAUCACUGUGAAUUAAAUUCCUUUACUAAAUGAAGUUUACCUGAACUUCGAGAAAUAAUUACUUAGCUAAAACCAUCCACUUGGUUCUAGAUCUUAUUCACACAAGCUUUUUAAGAGACAUUUCAGAAGCAUUAAUUGACAGUGUACUCAACACAGUUAAUUGCUCAAUAGUUCCUGGCAUUUUUCCAGAUUCUCUACAAACCUGUUUUUAAACCACUGCUUAAGAAAAAUUAAAUCGAGACUGCUCUGUUUUGGACAAUUUUAGGAAAAAGUAGUGUUUUUGUCAGUUAAAUGAUUACUUGAAUAAACAUUCUACUCUUGACAAAUAUCAGUCAGGUUUUAGAUCAAAUCAUAGUACAGAAACUGCAUUGCUUUAAGUAGUUAAUAACUUGCAGCUGAAUGUCGAUACAGUUAACUUAUCAGUUCUUGUUCUCUUGGAUUUUAGCACAGCAUUUAAUACAGUAGAUCACAACAUUCUCAUAAACCACCUUAGUCGAUGGCUGGGUCUUUCUGGUCCUGCCUUAAGGUGAUUUCAGUCUUAGAUAACAGGAUGAAAAUUCUUUGUUAGCUGUGGUGAUUGUGUGUCAAAAAUCCAUGUUAUUGUGUUUGGUGGGCCACAAGGAUAAAUUCUUGGCUCGUUAUUUUCACUCUAUGUGCUUCCAUUAGGUCAGAUUAUUUCAAAACACAAGGCGAUUAUCACAGCUACGCAGUCAACACAUAACUGUAUUUGUCUAUUACCCCAGAUGACCCUGGAGCUCUAAGCCCUCUGGACCAGUCUCUUUACUAGUAUAACAGCAUUCAUUUUCCUUAUUUGUAGCAAUUUUUUAAAAUCGAAAAUCUUAGAAAUAAACAAUCAUCUGGCCUUACAAAUUAAGCCAGAAGUAAAGAAUUUAGGUGUUAUGUGACUGUGAACUAAAUUUCAAAUUACCAUAUUAAUCAGAUUAUUGAGACUGCUUUCUUUCAUUUAAGGAAUUUUGCAAGAGUUUGAUUUCUUACAACAUCUCAAGAUGCAGAGAAAUUCAUACAUGAUUUUGUUUUUAGCUAAUUAGACUACUGUAAUACUCUCUUUUUCAGGACUGCCCAAGAAAGAUAUAAAUCAGGGGCACCUUGUUGAAAAUGCAGCAGCAAGAAUGUUAACCAAAAAAAAAAAAUCUGUGCACGUUUUACCAGUUUUGGCAUCAUACUGGCUGCUUGUGUCCUUUAGGAUCAAUUUUAAAGUACUCUUAAUUGCAUACAAGUCUCAGAAGAAUCUAGCUCCUCCAUAUAUUUUAGUUGUCUGUCCCAUUAUUUCCCUAAUUGUAAUCUUAGAUCCAUGAAUACUGAUUUGUUUAGUCUUCCUAGAGGCAAGCAUUACAAGAACUAGCGAUAGAGCCUUUUGCUGUAAUGCAAAAUUCUGAAAUACUUGACUGAGAUUGGCCAGGCUGGUACUGUGGAACGUUUCAAAACUUCUAAAAAUCCUUAUUUAUACUACUUACAGAAUUACUUAAUUUCCUGUUGAUGUUGAUUACAAUUACAUUUGGUAUUUUCAAUUAUAUUUUAUUCAACAGUGUUUUUCUUAUGAUUUUUAAUUUUUCAUACUGUUUUGACUAUUGAUUUAUCUUUACAAUCUAUGCAGUCUCAUGCAUCUUAAUGUAUGAUGGUGCUAUAUAAAUAAAGUUAUUUUCCAAUGUUAAA